GGCCGGAUUAAUUCGCGUGCAUCUUCAGGCUGCGUGUGCGCGCGCUCUCUCCUCUCCAUCUCGGCGCGCGACAUACGGGCACGCUAAAUUAAAUCGCAGCGCUAUCCAUACGGCUCGGCGGCGAACGUCUUUCUUCACGGCCGACUUCCCUCCAGAAAACUUCGCGGAAACUUCGCGGGCGCACGGAUUACGAAUUCUUCGUCGCGAGCGCGGAAGAAAACGGUGAUAAUAUAAGCACGCAAAAGGAUUGCGAUGUGUCCGACCAAGGCGAUAAUCUUGGUGCUUCUUUACUUCGGCAGAGCAGUUUCUCUGCAAGUGGAUAUUACACCUCCUCAGAGUGAGAUCAGUGUGGGGGAGUCUCGAUUCUUUCUGUGUGAAGUUAUUGGCGGGGCGAAGGAAAUCGACUGGUUCUUUCCGAGCGGAGAAAAGAUUGAGCCCGGCAGAGCGGAUGUCAGUGUGGCCCGUACCGACGAGACGUCGUCCACUCUCACGAUCUACAAUGCAAAAGUCGAUCACGCUGGAACAUACAAAUGUGUGGCCAGCAGCGGCGAUCAGGAGGCCGAAUCCACCGUCAAUCUCAAAAUCUACCAAAAAAUCACCUUUACAAAUGUGCCGUCACCACAAGAGUUCUCAGAAGGGGAUGACGCCAGUAUUGUGUGUGAUGUCGCGAGUUCACCUCCACCAAGUGUCCUCUGGAAAUUCAAAGGUGCAAAAAUCCAGUUUGAAAAGGAUGUACGCUUUAGGACACUGACUAAUAACCACCUCCAAAUCCGAGGGAUAAGGAAGAGCGACGAGGGCAUUUACACCUGCGAGGGUCGCAUUAAAGCGCGGGGAGAGAUCGACUUCCGCAACAUUCAAGUCAUUGUUAACGUCCUUCCUACGAUAAGAAUCCGUCAGGCAGAAACAAACGCCACCGCAGACAUGGGCUACUCGACAGUGCUGGCCUGUGACGCAGAUGGAUUUCCCGAGCCGAAUGUGACCUGGAGACGUAACAACAUCUUGCUUGGAAGUGGGGAUAAAUACAGCUUUAAUGAAGAUGGUUCAGAGAUGACUGUGCUGGAUGUGACAAAGCUGGACGAGGGAGAUUACAUAUGCAUCGCAAAGAACAAAGCUGGGGAAAGCGAACAAGAGCUCAGCCUUAAAGUCUUUGUACAACCCAAAAUCACAUUUUUGGAGGGCCAGUCUACCACAGAAAUGGACGAAAAGGUCAGGUUAACAUGCGAGGCCAUCGGAGACCCCACACCCACCAUUACCUGGAGCUUCAGUAACCGUGUCUUCAACGAGGGAGAACAGGAGCACCAAAAGAGGAUUUAUCAGGCCUCUUGGACUCGGCCCGAACAACACAAGGGUCCAGAUGGAAACGUGUUGGUCCGCAGCGAUGCCCGUGUGUCUUCACUCACCCUCAAGUACGUCCAGUACACAGACGCCGGCGAGUACCUCUGCACCGCCCGCAACUCCAUCGGAGAGACCGCACAGUCUGUGAAUCUGGAAGUGCUCUAUGCCCCGAAAAUACAGGGCUCAGUAACUGUGUACACGUGGGAGGGCAACCCGGCCAACAUCAGCUGUGAAGUCUUGGCUCAUCCCAGCGAUGUCUUUAUUAUUUGGUUGCGAGAUGGGACCCAGCUGCCUAACGCUAACACCACCAACGUCAAGAUCUACAACACAGCUUCAGCCAGCUACCUGGAGGUCAAUCCAGAGUCUCAGAGCGACUUCGGCAACUACAACUGCUCUGCUUCUAAUACGAUCGGGACUGAAUCCAAAGAGUUCAUUCUGAUCCCUGCCGAUGUGCCCUCGGCGCCAGCCAUCACUCAAGUCCAGCCGUACUCCAGCACGGCUGAGGUGUUUUUUGAUGAGCCCGAGUCCCCAGGAGGAGUUCCUGUGCUUAAGUUCCGAGCCGAGUGGAGAGCCGUGGGCCGAGGGAGCUGGGCUCAGCGCGUCUAUGAAGUCAAAGACGGACUGAGUUUGGUGACAGUCACAGGCCUUAAACCCGAAACCGAUUAUGAAGUCAAGAUGUCUGCCAUCAACGGGAAAGGCGAAGGCGAGAACAGCCUGGCGGUGGUCUUCAAAACCGAGCACGUCCGAGAACCUAGUCCUCCUAAACUAGAGAGCAACCUGCAGCCCAAAGGCAAUUCUGUGAAGGUGAACUUGAUCAAACAAGAUGACGGAGGUUCACCCAUAACUCAUUACUUGAUUAGAUACAAAGCUACUGAAGACAUAGAAUGGGAGCCUGAGAUCCGUGUGCCUCACGUGAGCAAGUAUGUGAUGUUGAAUAGGCUGAAGUGGAACACAAAAUAUGACGUGGUCGUGGUGGCAGAGAACCAGCAAGGCAAGUCCAAGCCAGGCACCCUGACCAUCAUAACCCCGACAGAGCCUGCAGCUACCACAGAUGCCAUGGAUGAUGGGACGGGGCUGAACACUGGAUUAAUUGUUGGUAUUCUCAUACUGGUGUGUGUGGUGUUCCUGCUGAUCGUGGACGCCACCUGCUGCGUCCUCAACAAGUGCGGCAUCCUCAUGUGCAUCUGCGGUAAACCCGGGCCUGGCACUAAAGGCAAGGACAUCGAGGCCUGCAAUGCUCCCUUUGUUCAAGAUAUGUCUAAAGAUCCCAUUGUGGAAGUGAGGACUGAAGAGGAAGCAACGGCCAAUCACGACGCAGAAGGGCAUCCGGAGCCCAAUGAGACCACUCCCCUGACUGAACCAGAGCAAGUGACGGAAACCGCCGCUGCGAUGGUAGACUUGCCUAACUCAGACACGGUCACUGACACCUUUGACCUCAGCCAGAGCAGCCCUGCUAGCGAGAGCACCACUCUUGCCUCCAGCAUCACAGCCCCUCCCCCUGACCCUAACCCCGCCCAUGUGUCACCAUCCGACAGUAGUACACCCAAAUCUCACACCAAACCUUCCAUGUCAUCUCCAUCUUCCGACCCUACAACCGAUGUCACUCUUCUGGUAGACCUGGGUGAUGCCUCAGAAGCACAAGCUGAGGUUCCUGCUUCAGAGGAGCCAAGUCCCCUGCCCCCACCCGGGGAGACAAACUCCACAUUAAAAGAAUCAGAGUUAUUGCCGUCUGCUCAGAGCGCCUCUCAUGCCAGUUCAAAUCCCAGCAGCCCACAGGGUCACAGCCCACAGCCCCCUAUCCCCUCAGUAAAUCACGAUCAUCAGAUUGAUGGAGAACUCCCAUUGGGUCCAGACACAGACGUCCCCCAGGACAGCUCAAAUCCUCUGGGGACAGCUGGAGUCAGUGGGCCAUCUGCUCCCGCACAUAGCGAGAACGUCGUGGAUGAGGAGAGCAGUACGACAGGAAUCGCAGGGCUAAAGAAGGCAGGAGGAGAACCCAAUGCUGUCUCGCAAACAAACGCCACCGAAAGCAAAGCAUGAGGACAGGCGGAGCAUCACGGUGAACAUUUAACGUCGCCCUUAAUAGAUUUUCUCAACUAAAAGUUGUAAAUGCUAUCACUUCAAUCAUGUAUGUAUGCCUUUUCCGCUUAGUUUCGGAGUAAACUUCCAGAUGUUUCGGUUUCAGGAGUUAAAUGGACAUGAUAUCAUUUAUAUAAUUCAAAGAUUAUAAUGUGUUUCGUUGUAAAUCGUUUUGUCAGGAUUAUUUUAACGGGGCAUAUUCAGGAGAAUUGUUUCUGUAGUAACACAUGAUUUCCAUAGUACAUUGUUCAAAUGUAAAUGAUUUCUCCUAUUUUUAUAUUCCAUGUUUUUGAGGGCUUGAUUCAUUGUUGGUUUUAUAUUUUAUUCUGUCAUAUCGUAUUUUAUUUACACAUAACUGUUUUGUGUCUUGGAUGUUAAUAACUCAUGGCGGUUUUGUACUGUAUAGACAGCCAAUCACAGGCCGAUAAAAUAUCACUGGAUAUUUUCACAUACUGUUUUUCAUUAAGGUCCAGUAACUAUUUAAAAUGGUCCAUUUUGUUUUGUAACUGAAGUUCAGUUUUUACAAUAACCAUGUAUUUCUAAUGUUAACAGUUUAUACAUCAAGUCAUUUAUCCAACACAUGCUCCAGAAGCAUGGACUCAAAAGUGUCUCCUCAUUUUUAUACUGUAUACCUCUGGAGAAAGGGAUGUUUCACACUGUCGACUGGAAGCUUGUGCACUGUGAUUGUGUUAUCAAAUUGUCGUCUGUUUUUUCAAGCAUUUCCACAUGGCUUUGUAGUUAACGCUGAUUGUCCUUUUAUAUAACAUGACCUGUAUAUUGUUAACAGUCCUGUGUAAAACAGGAGAAAUAGGACACAGUCCUCGUGACAACACUCAUUGCAUGACCAUCUGCUUGCACGUCUGAUGUUAAACAAGAGUGAAGUGUGCUGUCUCACUUUAGGUCAGCGUGCAGAAAUGCUCGAAAUGAUGGUUCUGGUUGUUUUAUGAUUUCUACGCUUUCUAUAAAAUCAACGUUUAGGAUUUUCCAAGAGGAUAUUAUCUUUGCCCACUGUACACAGAUUGUUCUGUUGAGCACUCCCAUUUAACCCCAGAACGGUAAAUUGUUUCAUGUAUAUGGGGAUUUGACCAAUGAAAUAACAGUAUGAUGGGUUUGCUUUAAAUUAAGAACAUGUUGUAAAUUGUGUUGUUCUAACACAUUUUAAAUAAACUCAUUGA